AAAGGCCAACAUGGCGGAUAACGCAAUCUACCGGGCUUUGAGGCUCCAUAUUGCUCCUGAUAAGUUUUACGUCGAGCCAAGGGACCAGCAAUCAGUUGGUGAUCAAAUACUCGAAAUAGACCGGGUUACACAAGAAUUAAGUCUGGCAGACAAUGAGGGUCAAAUUCCGCCAUCAGCUGAAAGUAGAGAUAUAUUUGGAAUUUUGGGAAUCAUAAAUUUGUUGGCAGGGUCAUACUUGGUUGUAAUCACCAAGAAGACUCUUGUAGGUCUUAUCAGGGGCCAUGAAGUAUGGGUUAUCAAAGGAACAGAUAUUCUGUCUUUUCCAAGAGCAACAUUUCAUCUCACAGAGAGUCAGCAAAGGAACAACAAUAUAUACUUAUCAAUGGUGCAGUCAGUUCUUCAGACUAGUAGCUUUUACUUCUCUUGUACAUAUGAUCUAACACACACCCUGCAAAGACUCUCAAGAACCAGCCCUGACUUCCUUCAGAUGCCUCUCUUCGAAAGGGCUGAUCCUCGAUUUGUAUGGAAUGGCCACCUCUUAAGACCUUUAGUGGUGCAACCAGAGCUUUACAAAUUUAUACUUCCGGUUAUGCAUGGCUGUAUCCUUUUUAAAUUGAAAUGCUAAAUAUACAAUUAAACUUUUUGAUUUUGCUCCUCUCUCCAUUCGCAAGGACGUCUUUCUCCUUUCAGACCCAGCAAAUUGUAGAAAUUAAUUAUCAGAUAUUUUGAGUCAGAGCUAAUUUCAAUCAUGAAUCUCUUGGUCAGUUUUUCAUCUGUUCAUUUUUUUUUUUUUUAAUUUAACCGCCUCCCGGUUAGCUCAAUGGAUAG